CUUACGGCGAUGGCUGCAUGUACUUGCGACUGUGCUCGGUUGCUUCGGCACCCAGCAUCGCAGGACAGCAAAUAGAGGCCAUGACACUUGACAGUGUGGCUUGCAGGCAGCUGGUGCUAUAAAUGGCAGGAAACGAGGAGGAGAACGAAGAGAGAAUAGGCAGGGCCGAACCGAAGGAGGCAGAGAGGUUGUGUUUGUGUGGGUAGAGACUAGAGAGAUGUACAGGCCGGAGGAUAUGCAGGGGGUCGGCGUGGAGCAGCCGAUGCAGAUGGUGCUGCGGGUGAAGCACCCGUCGUCGGUGGGCAGCGGCGAGGAGGAGGAAGGGGAGGGGUCGUCGAGGUCGGCGCUGUCGGUGUUCAAGGCCAAGGAGGAGCAGAUCGAGAGGAGGAAGAUGGAGGUCCGGGACAAGGUGUUCUCGCACCUCGGCCGCGUCGAGGAGGAGUCCAAGCGACUCGCCUUCAUCAGGCAGGAGCUGGAAAGGAUGGCGGAUCCGACGCGGAAGGAGGUGGAGUCGCUACAGAAGCGGAUCGACACGGUGAACCGUCGCCUCAAGCCUCUCGGCAAGAGCUGCGUCAAGAAGGAGAAGGAAUACAAAGAGGUCCUAGAGGCGUACAACGAGAAGAACAAGGAGAAAGCGCUGCUAGUCAACAGGCUAAUCGAGCUGGUGAGCGAAAGCGAGAGGAUGCGGAUGAAGAAGCUCGAGGAGCUGAACAAGACUGUCGACUCACUUUACUAGACACGCCUGCCGAUGUUCACCUCGCUCGCUCGCUCGCUGUAAUCUCUGUGCCAUGGAUUUGUGACCUGCAUGUUCAAGUGUUGCUUGUAACUGAUGAUUUCUCGAGUGAUUUGUUUUUCAUUUCUUUUCUUUUCGUUGGUUUGGGUCUUGUUGCGCUGUCACUGUCGAGUAAAACCGACGUAUUUAAACAACGAAAAAGAUCAGGAACAAGGCUGAAAAAAUUGUCUGGUGGUGUGUGUCGACUCUAGGACUAGCACAUCUACUCAGUGUCGUUCUACAUUUCCUUUUGUGUUGCCGGUAAUGCAAACAACACCCCUUAUCUAUUGGCCAUUUCA